AUGGACCGUCUCGGUUCCAGCUACAAAAAUCAACCAGAAACCCAAGAGCGACGUCGUUCAGUCCACAAACCUGAACGCAUUCUACCAAUCCAAGCUACCUUCAUCAAGGCUACCGCUCGUACGCCAGCUACACAAAACCGCGCUCAUGUUAUCGGAUUUGGAGUUCAGACCAGUCCGUUUGAGCGAUUCAACCAGAAAAACAUGCGAUCGGCCAUGAAGAACAUCUUGUUGAGAAUGAACUAG